AUGCUCUCGCUUCUUACACCCAAGCGCCCGACGGCACCACCACCACCGCCCAACUACGGCGUCUACCUCGUCACCGACUCGACGCCCGCCAUCCUCGGCUCCCGGGACCUCGUCGAGGUCGUCGAGGCGGCGCUCCGCGGCGGCGUGACGUGCGUGCAGUACCGCGACAAGACCGGCGCGCAGGCCGACGUGGUGGCCACGGCGCGGCGGCUGCACGCCCUCACCCAGCGCUUUGGCGUGCCGCUGCUCAUCAACGACCGCGUGGACGUGGCCGUCGAGGUUGGCUGCGAGGGCAUUCACAUUGGCCAAGACGACAUGAAUGUACACGAAGCCCGCAAGCUCGUCGGACGUGACAAGAUCAUCGGCGUCACGGCCAGCAACGCCGACGAGGCCAUCCGGGCCUGUGAAGACGGCGCCGACUAUCUCGGCCUCGGCACCGUCUACUCUACCGCAACGAAAAAGGACACAAAGUCCAUCAUCGGCCCGUCUGGCGUCCGCGCCAUCCUCAAGGCCAUGGUCGAGGCCGGCCACGGCGCCGUCCCCGCCGUCUGCAUCGGCGGCAUCAGCAACGACAACGCCGCCAGGGUCCUCGCGCAGACAAACGCCGCCCCGGCCGCCAAGCCCCUCGACGGCGUCGCUGUCGUCAGCGCCAUCAUCGCCGCCGACGACCCCGCCGAGGCCGCCCGGCACCUCGCCGGCCACAUUGCCGUCGCCGCGAUCCCGCUGGUCGUGGGCGCCGUGGGCCGGGCGACGCCGCUCUCGCACAACAUGACGAAUCUGGUCGUGCAAAACUUUGCCGCCAACGUAGCCCUGGCCGUAGGCGCGAGCCCGAUCAUGUCCAACUACGCCGCCGAGGCCGCCGACCUCGCCAAGCUCGGCGGCGCGCUGGUCGUCAACAUGGGCACCGUGACGCCCGAGGGCCUCGCCAACUACAAGCAGGCCAUCAAGGCCUACAACGACGCCGGCCGGCCCAUCAUCCUUGAUCCCGUCGGCGCCGGUGCCACCGCCAUCCGCCGCGCCGCCACCGCCGAGAUCCUCGCGCUGGGCCGCUUCGCCGUCAUCAAGGGCAACGUGGCCGAGAUCCAGAGCCUCUACGGCGUCUCCGUGACCCAGCGCGGCGUCGACUCGACGUCGGAGCUCAGUAUCCCGGAGCGCGCCACGCUCGCGGCCGCGCUGGCGCGCAGGCACCGCACGGUGGUGCUCCUCACGGGUCCGACGGACAUUGUCAGCGACGGCGCGCGCACGUACCGCGUUGACAACGGCCACGCCAUGCUCGGCCGCGUCACGGGCACGGGGUGCACGCUCGGCACGACCAUCAGCGCCAUGGUCGCCGCGCACCCGGCCGACGCGCUGCUCGCGGCCGUCGCGGGCGCCGCCGUGUUUGGCAUCGCGGCGCAGUACGCCGUCGAGCGGGACGAGGUCCGCGGGCCGGGCUCCUUUGUGCCCGCGUUCCUGGACGAGCUCUACUCCAUUAGCCGGGCGACGGCCGAGGGCGACUUGAGAUGGCUGGUGCUGGCGCGGGUGCAGGGCGUGCAGGUGGAUGAUGAGGCGUGA